UGUGAUGACUGCUCGUGUUUGCAUCGUUCAGAGCUUGUGUUUGUCUCGAUCAGAGCUCGUGUUUGUCUCGAUCAGAGCUCGUGCUUGUCUCAGUCAGAGCUCGUGCUUGUCUCGAUCAGAGCUAGUGUUUGUCUCAGUCAGAGCUCGUGUUUGUCUCAGUCAGAGCUCGUGUUUGCAUCGUUCAGAGCUUGUGUUUGUCUCGAUCAGAGCUCGUGUUUGUCUCGAUCAGAGCUCGUGCUUGUCUCAGUCAGAGCUCGUGCUUGUCUCGAUCAGAGCUAGUGUUUGUCUCAGUCAGAGCUCGUGUUUGUCUCAGUCAGAGCUCGUGCUUGUCUCGAUCAGAGCUAUUGUUUGUCUCAGUCAGAGCUCGUGUUUGUCUCAGUCAGAGCUCGUGCUUGUCUCGAUCAGAGCUCGUGUUUGUCUCAGUCAGAGCUUGUGCUUGUCUCGAUCAGAGCUUGUGUUUGUCUCGAUCAGAGCUCGUGUUUGUCUCAGUCAGAGCUCGUGUUUGUCUCAGUCAGAGCUCGUGUUUGUCUCGAUCAGAGCUCGUGUUUGCAUCGAUCAGAGCUCGUGUUUGUAUUGUUCAGAGCUCGUGUUUGUAUCGUUCAGAGCUCGUGUUUGUCUCAGUCAGAGCUCGUGUUUGUCUCAGUCAGAGCUCGUGCUUGUCUCGAUCAGAGCUAGUGUUUGUCUCAGUCAGAGCUCGUGUUUGUCUCAGUCAGAGCUCGUGUUUGUCUCAGUCAGAGCUCGUGCUUGUCUCGAUCAGAGCUCGUGUUUGUCUCAGUCAGAGCUCGUGCUUGUCUCGAUCAGAGCUUGUGUUUGUCUCGAUCAGAGCUUGUGUUUGUCUCAGUCAGAGCUCGUGUUUGUCUCGAUCAGAGCUCGUGUUUGUCUCAGUCAGAGCUCGUGUUUGUCUCAGUCAGAGCUCGUGCUUGUCUCGAUCAGAGCUCGUGUUUGUCUCAGUCAGAGCUCGUGCUUGUCUCGAUCAGAGCUAGUGUUUGUCUCAGUCAGAGCUCGUGUUUGUCUCAGUCAGAGCUCGUGUUUGUCUCGGUCAGAGCUCGUGUUUGUCUCGAUCAGAGCUCGUGUUUGUCUCAGUCAGAGCUCGUGUUUGUCUCAGUCAGAGCUCGUGUUUGUAUCGAUCAGAGCUCGUGUUUGUCUCAGUCAGAGCUCGUGUUUGUCUCAGUCAGAGCUCGUGCUUGUCUCGAUCAGAGCUCGUGUUUGUCUCAGUCAGAGCUCGUGCUUGUCUCAAUCAGAGCUCGUGCUUGUCUCAAUCAGAGCUCGUGCUUGUCUCGAUCAGAGCUCGUGUUUGUCUCGAUCAGAGCUCGUGUUUGUAUCGAUCAGAGCUCGUGUUUGUAUCGAUCAGAGCUCGUGUUUGUCUCGAUCAGAGCUUGUGCUUGUCUCGAUCAGAGCUCGUGUUUGUCUCAGUCAGAGCUCGUGUUUGUAUCGAUCAGAGCUCGUGCUUGUCUCGAUCAGAGCUCGUGUUUGUCUCAGUCAGAGCUCGUGUUUGUCUCGAUCAGAGCUCGUGUUUGUCUCGAUCAGAGCUCGUGCUUGUCUCGAUCAGAGCUCGUGUUUGUCUCGAUCAGAGCUCGUGUUUGUCUCGAUCAGAGCUCGUGCUUGUCUCGAUCAGAGCUCGUGUUUGUCUCGAUCAGAGCUCGUGUUUGUCUCGAUCAGAGCUCGUGUUUGUCUCGGUCAGAGCUCGUGCUUGUAUCGAUCAGAGCUCUUGUUUGUAUCGAUCAGAGCUCGUGUUUGUCUCGAUCAGAGCUCGUGUUUGUCUCGAUCAGAGCUCGUGUUUGUCUCGAUCAGAGCUCGUGUUUGUCUCGAUCAGAGCUCGUGUUUGUAUCGAUCAGAGCUCGUGCUUGUCUCGAUCAGAGCUUGUGUUUGUCUCGAUCAGAGCUCGUGUUUGUCUCGAUCAGAGCUUGUGUUUGUCUCGAUCAGAGCUCGUGUUUGUCUCGAUCAGAGCUCGUGUUUGUCUCGAUCAGAGCUCGUGUUUGUAUCGAUCAGAGCUUGUGCUUGUCUCGAUCAGAGCUCGUGUUUGUCUCGAUCAGAGCUCGUGCUUGUCUCGAUCAGAGCUCGUGUUUGUAUCGAUCAGAGCUUGUGCUUGUCUCGAUCAGAGCUCGUGUUUGUCUCGAUCAGAGCUCGUGCUUGUCUCGAUCAGAGCUCGUGUUUGUAUCGAUCAGAGCUUGUGCUUGUCUCGAUCAGAGCUCGUGUUUGUAUCGAUCAGAGCUUGUGCUUGUCUCUCCAACCCUAACCAUCAGAAUGGAGAAAAACUGUGAUCUCAGUGAUUUGGACAGUGGCAUGAUUGUUGGUGUCAGACGGGCUGGUUUGAGUAUUUCUGGGAUUUUCACACACAACAGUCUC